AUGACAACACCAGGCGGCAGCAGUCUCCGCACAACCCCCAAUUCCACCUCCCCCAAUGAGUCUCCUCAGCAGCAGCAACAGCAGCAACAGCAGCAGCAGCAGCAGCAGCAGCAGCAGGAGGUGUCUGCUGAUCCCCCCGCUGGAGUUCGGCGGCGUUUCUCUUCUGCUGGAAGCGAAACUGCAGCAGAAAGUGCAGCACAGAGUCCAGAGCUGCGGGGGGGGCAGGGAGGAGAGAGAGGGGGCAGCAGCAAGCAGCAGCGAGAGAAGAACAGAGAAAACAACAAAUACACAGAAACAAAUAAACUCGAUACUGCAACAAAUACACUUCUCUCUCCCAGCAACAAAACAACAAAAAAAGAUAGUUUUAUGCAUGCAACAGAAAACUGCUGUUUUCCAUCAAAAUUAGAUUUCUUUGACCCAAACUCAGAGAUAGCCAGAUCCCCCUAUAGAGGCUUCGCUAUACUCUUGUUUAUUUGUUCUGCGUUUUAUUUGGUGGCGAACCCAAUAAUGCGGUGGUAUGAGCGGGGGGAGUACUUCGAUAAGUCGAUGUUUAUGUGGUUCAAGCUAACCGUUUGGUCGCUGACGGCCUUUGUUCUCCAUCUCUUGUUUAUGAAAAAAUAUAUCAGCAGAAGGACCCUCUUCGUUCUGCAGCACCUCACGCAGUUCACCGGCAUAGCCUACGCCGUCGGCCAUUGCCUUUACAACAAAUGGCCAAUUAUUCCCGCAGCAUUUGUGCAGGUGGCAGCAGUUUGUAACUUUAUGAAGACGGUGAUGUAUUUGGCUUGUACUUCUUAUUUGAUUCCAACGAUAAGCCGCUCUCCGCAGGUGUCGCUGAUGGAGGCUAUUUUUAGUUUAAUAUUUCCUUUUUUGUUUCUUGAUUUGCUCGUUUUCUUUAUCCUUUUUGAAUGCAUUUGUAACCUCCUAGCAGAAGUGACGAACUUCGGAAACCGCGAUUUCUACCACGACUGGUGGAAUAGCACCAACUGGGACGAAUACUCGCGAAAAUGGAAUCGCCCAGUUCAUAAAUUCUUGCUGAGACACGUCUACAUGGAAACUCAGCAGAAAUAUCGAUGGAGUCAACGGAGCGCCGCAGUGGCCACUUUUCUGUUUUCUGCUCUUUUGCAUGAAAUGAUAAUGGCCGUCUGCCUCCGCUUCGUUCGCUUUUACCUCUUUGCUUUGAUGCUCUUCCAAAUUCCUCUCGUUGCUUUGGGGCGGUACUACGCCCAUAACCGGUGCCUGGGCAACGCGAUAUUCUGGGCUUGCAUGCUGCUAGGUGUUCCUCUGCUUGCUGUGGCCUAUGGUCGAGAGUUUGCUCAGCAGUUCUACUCAGACAGCACCGGCUGGCAGCGGCCGCCACCCUGCAGCAGCGUUGGGGGCCCCGCAGUGGGGCCCCUCGUCAUGGGUUAA